CUAUAGAAGAGACAUUCAAUUGUUUAAUUGUGAAAACGUACAGUGAUCGGAAGGGUUCGAUUCAAUCAUACUGUGUUUGAGUAGGCAGCAGUUUAAUCCAAGCAAAACAAUUUAGCAAAAUUAUGAAUCGGGUAAGAAUCAUAUCACUUCCGUAUUGUUGUUUAUUCAAAAUGCGAUGUGCACAUGCUGUUGUAGAAAACUGAAUUUUUAGAUGUUGUCAUAUAUUUAGCUAAUUAUUUCACCAGUUUAGCUGUAUUCUAUUUGUGCAGUGCUAGUGAAACCAGCACACACUCAUUCAUGCAGUCUGCUGUUGCCCUGUAGUCUGAUUCUGGGUGGAGUAAUACUCCAAACAAGUUGUCUAAUAUCAUGGCGGAUCGGACUGCUCCUCGUUGCCAAUUGAGAUUAGAAUGGAUUUACGGGUACAGGGGACAUCAAUGCAGAAACAACCUGUAUUAUACUGCUGGCAAAGAAGUGGUGUACUUCGUGGCUGGAGUUGGCGUCGUGUACAACACCAGAGAGCACACGCAGAAGUUUUACUUGGGCCACAACGAUGACAUUAUCAGCCUGGCUCUCCACCCGGAGAGGUCCCUGGUGGCCACGGGCCAGGUGGGGAAGGAGCCCUACGUGUGCGUGUGGGACACCUUCAGCGUCCAGACCGUCUCCCUGCUGAAGGACGGACACUCUCACGGCGUGGCCUGCCUCGCUUUCAGCGCCGACGGACAGCGCCUCGCUUCUGUGGGGCUGGAUGCCAAAAACACAGUGUGUGUUUGGGACUGGAAAAAAGGAAAAAUCUUGGCCACAGCAACCGGACAUUCAGAUAGGAUCUUCGAUAUAUCCUGGGAUCCCUUUCAGCAGCACCGGCUGGUGAGCUGUGGAGUGAAACACAUAAAGUUCUGGGCUCUGUGUGGAAACUCCUUGACUCCUAAGCGAGGGAUAUUCGGCAAAACUGGCGACCUUCAGACCAUCCUGUGUGUGGCGUCGGCCAAAGAUGACAUCACGUACUCGGGGGCGCUGAACGGUGACAUAUACGUGUGGAAGGGGCUCAACCUUGUCCGCACAGUGCAGGCUGCUCACGGGGCCGGCAUCUUCAGUAUGUAUGCCUGUGAGGAGGGUUUUGCCACAGGGGGUCGUGAUGGCUGUAUCAGGCUCUGGGACGUGGACUUCAAGCCCAUCACCAAGGUGGACCUCCGUGAGGCAGAGCAGGGCUACAAAGGUCUGUCCAUCCGUAGUGUGUGCUGGCGUGCUGACCGAAUCCUGGCCGGCACCCAGGACAGUGAGAUCUUCGAAGUGAUGGUCCGGGACAGGGACAAGCCCCUGCUCAUCAUGCAGGGCCACUGUGAGGGGGAACUCUGGGCGUUGGAUGUCCACCCCAAGAAGCCCCUGGCAGUGACGGGCAGUGACGACCGUUCCGUCCGGUUGUGGAGCCUGGCUGACCACGCCCUGAUCGCGCGAUGCAACAUGGAGGAGGCGGUCCGUAGCGUGUCAUUCAACAACGAUGGUUCCCAGCUGGCCCUGGGCAUGAAGGAUGGCUCAUUCACUGUGCUUCGAGUCAGGGACAUGACAGAGGUGGUCCACAUCAAGGACAGGAAGGAGGUCAUCCACGAGAUGAAGUUCUCUCCGGACGGCGCCUACCUGGCGGUGGGCUCUAACGACGGCCUGGUGGAUGUGUAUGCCGUGGCGCAGCGCUACAAGAAGGUGGGCGAGUGCAACAAGUCGUCCAGUUUCAUCACUCAUCUGGACUGGUCGGUGGACGGCAAGGUCCUCCAGACCAACGAUGGCGCCGGAGAGAGACUGUUCUACCGCAUGCCCACUGGGAAGCAGCUGACUAAGGAGGAAGUGAAAGGGAUCCACUGGAGCUCGUGGACCAGUGUGAUUGGUCCAGAGGUGAGCGGGAUCUGGCCCAAGUACACAAACAUCAGCGACAUCAACUCAGUGGACGCCAACUACGCCAGCGCCGUUUUGGUCACCGGGGACGACUUCGGUCUCGUCAAACUGUUCCGCUUCCCCUGCUUGAAGAAAGGAGCCAAAUUCAAGAAGUUCGUCGGCCACUCUGCUCAUGUGACCAAUGUGCACUGGUCACAUGACCUCCAGUGGGUGUUGACCACGGGCGGUGCGGACCAUUCUGUGUUCCAGUGGCGGUUCCUUCCUGAGGGUGUCAUCAACGGCAUCAUAGAGACCAACGUACAAGAUGACCAUGCAGACUCUAACAGCGAGGAGUCCGACUCUGACAUGUCUGAUGUUCCAGAACUGGAUUCUGACAUUGAACAGGAGACACAGAUCAACUACGACAGACAGGUGUAUAAGGAGGACCUGCCUCAGCUCAGACAGCAGGGGAGAGAGAAGAAGCUGCAAGUGGGCUCUCUGAAGCGCCAGCGAGGCCCAGAUGAAGGACUGAGGCUCCAGUUUGUCCACGGGUACCGUGGUUACGACUGCAGGAACAACCUGUUCUACACGCAGACAGGCGAGGUGGUGUAUCAUGUGGCGGCGGUGGGCGUGGUCUACAACAGACAGCAACACGUGCAGCGUUUCUACCUGGGCCACGAUGACGACAUCCUCUGUCUCACUGUGCACCCACUCAAGGACUAUGCUGCUACUGGGCAGGUAGGCAGGGACCCAGCCAUCCAUGUGUGGGACAUCCAGACCCUCAAGUGUUUCUCCCUCUUAAAGGGCCACCACCAGAGAGGAGUGUGUGCCCUCGACUUUUCCGCGGAUGGCAAGACCCUGGUGUCUGUCGGGAUAGACGAGUACCAUUCUAUCGUGGUGUGGGACUGGAAGAAAGGAGAGAAGCUGGCCACUGGCAGGGGUCACAAGGACAAGCUGUUUGUGGUGAAGUGUAACCCGAUCCUCAUGGAUAAGCUGGUCACAGUGGGUAUGAAGCACAUCAAGUUCUGGCAGCAUGCAGGCGGGGGCCUCACCUUCAGGAGGGGGGUGUUUGGGAACCUGGGGAAGCUGGAGAGCAUGAUGUCAGUGUGCUACGGACGCACGGAGGAGCUGGUGUUCUCGGGCGCCGUCACGGGCGACGUGUACAUCUGGAAGGAACCCACCCUGCUGAAGACCAUCAAGGCCCACGACGGCCCCGUCUUCGCCAUGUUCUCCCUGGACAAGGGCUUUGUGACUGGAGGGAAGGAUGGCGUGGUGGAACUCUGGGACGACAUGUUUGAGAGGUGCCUGAAGACCUACGCCAUCAAGAGAGCAGCGUUGUCUCCUGGCUCCAAAGGACUGCUGCUGGAGGACAACCCGUCCAUACGUGCCAUCACUCUGGGACACGGACACAUCCUGGUGGGGACCAAGAAUGGAGAGAUACUUGAAAUAGACAAGAGUGGCCCCAUGACCUUGCUGGUGCAGGGUCACAUGGAGGGUGAGGUGUGGGGUCUGGCGGCCCACCCCCUGCUGCCAGUCUGUGCCACUGUCAGUGAUGACAGAACCCUGCGCAUCUGGGAGCUCUCUGCCAACCAUCGCAUGGUGGCCGUACGCAAGCUGAAAAAAGGCGGGCGAUGCUGUGCCUUCUCCCCUGAUGGGAAAGCCUUAGCGGUGGGCCUGAAUGACGGCAGCUUCCUGGUGGUGAACUCUGACACUCUGGAGGACCUGGUGUCCUUCCACCACAGAAAGGAGGCCAUCUCUGACAUCAGAUUCACCCAAGAUGCAGGUAAAUACCUGGCUGUGGCCUCUCACGACAACUUUGUGGACAUUUACAACGUGAUGAGCAGCAAGAGGGUGGGAAUCUGCAAAGGAGCCUCCAGCUACAUCACACACAUCGACUGGGACGCCAGAGGGAAAUUGCUGCAAGUAAAUUCAGGUGCCAAAGAACAAUUAUUCUUCGAAGCUCCCAGAGGGAAGAGGCAGACCAUACGGAACUCUGAGAUCGAGAAGAUUGAGUGGGCCACGUGGACCUGUGUUCUAGGCCCUACCUGCGAGGGCAUCUGGCCCACCCACAGUGACAUCACCGACGUCAACGCCGCCUCCCUCACCAAAGACAGGAAGUUGUUGGCCACCGGAGACGACUUUGGCUUCCUCAAACUGUUCAGCUACCCCACCAAGGGUCAGUAUGCCCGCUUCAAGAAGUACGUGGGCCACAGCGCCCAUGUGACCAACGUGUGCUGGGCACAGGAUGACGCCACGCUGUUGACGGUAGGCGGGGCAGACACAGCGCUGAUGAUCUGGGCGCUGGAGGGGGAGGGUCACCGCGAGAACCGGCCGGUCGAUAGCGAGGAGUCCGAUGAUGACGUUGAGGAGGACGGAGGAUACGACAGCGAUGUGGCCCGAGAAAAGAGUAUUGACUACACCACUAAGAUCUAUGCCGUCAGCAUCAGGGAGAUGUGUGGCAUCAAACCUCACCAGCAGCAGAAGGAGGUGUCGGCAGAGGAGAGGCAGGGCAUUGUCAAACCUCCAGUCAGCCGGGCCGCCCCCCAGCCAGAGAAGCUGCAGAAGAACAACGUAUCCAAAAAGAAGAAGUUGGUAGAAGACCUGGUGCUGGACCAUGUGUUUGGCUUCAGGGGUUUUGAUUGUCGUAACAACCUUCACUACCUCAAUGAUGGAUCUGACAUUGUCUACCAUACGGCCGCUACUGCCCUGGUGCACAGUCUCACCACAGGAACACAAAGCUUCUAUCUGGAACACACAGAUGACAUCCUCUGUUUGACUGUCAAUCAGCAUCCCAAGUACAAGAAUGUUAUUGCUACUGGACAGAUAGGCACCACUCCCUCCAUCCAUGUCUGGGAUGCCAUGAGCAAGCAGACUCUGUCUAUUCUUCGCUGCGCCCACACCAAAGGCGUGGGGUACGUUAACUUCAGCGCCACGGGCAAGCUGCUGCUGUCUGUAGGGGUGGAGCCAGAGCACACCAUCACAGUCUGGCGCUGGCAGGAGGGUGCAAAGGUGACCAGCAAAGGUGGCCACCCAGACAGGAUCUUUGUGGUAGAGUUCCGACCCGACUCUGACUCCCAGUUUGUAUCUGUGGGCAUCAAACACAUCAAGUUCUGGACGCUGGCGGGCGGAUCUCUCAUGUACAAGAAGGGGGUGGUGGGUUCCGUGGAGGAUGCCAGGAUGCAGACCAUGCUCUCUGUCGCCUUCGGUGCUAACAACCUGACAUUCACGGGUGCCAUAAACGGGGAUGUGUACGUGUGGAAGGAUCAUGUCCUGCUGCGUGUGGUGGCCAAGGCACACACGGGCCCGGUGUUCACCAUGUACACCACCCUCAGGGACGGCCUCAUCGUCACCGGGGGCAAGGAGAGGCCUACCAAGGAGGGUGGGGCAGUUAAGCUGUGGGACCAGGAGAUGAAGCGUUGCCGUGCCUUCCAGCUGGAGACAGGCCAGCAGGUGGAGUGUGUCCGCUCCGUCUGUCGAGGCAAGGGUAAGAUCUUGGUGGGGACGAAGGAUGGAGAGGUGAUCGAGGUGGGAGAGAAGAACGCUGCCUCCAACAUCAUGAUCAACGGCCACAUGCAGGGGGAGAUCUGGGGCCUGGCUACCCACCCCUCCAAAGACAUAUUCAUCUCCGCCAGUGAUGACGGAACCAUACGCAUCUGGGAUCUGGCCGACAAGAAACUACUGAACAAGGUUUCUCUGGGCCAUCCAGCCAAGUGUGCCAGCUACAGCCCUGACGGGGAGAUGGUGUCUGUGGGGAUGAAGAACGGAGAGUUCAUCAUCCUCCUCACCAACUCCCUCAAGAUGUGGGGCAAGAAAAGAGACCGCAGUGCUGCCAUACAGGACAUACGGUUUAGUCCGGACAAACGUCUCCUGGCUGUGGGGUCUGUGGAGAGCACAGUUGACCUCUACGACCUUACUCUGGGUCCUUCCCUUAACCGUGUGGGUUACUGCAUGGACAUUCCCAGCUUCGUCAUCCAGAUGGACUUCUCGGCAGACAGCAAGUUCAUAGAGGUGUCUACAGGGUCCUACAAGCGUCAAGUGCAUGAGAUUCCCUCAGGGAAGAUAGUGACAGACCAGUCUGUGAUUGAUAGGAUCACCUGGGCCACCUGGACCAGUAUCCUAGGAGACGAGGUACUGGGGAUCUGGCCGCGGAACACAGACAAAGCUGACGUCAACUGUGCCUGUGUCUCGCAUGCCGGCCUCAACGUGGUCACUGGGGAUGACUUUGGCCUGGUCAAGCUCUUUGACUUCCCCUGCACUGAGAAAUUUGCCAAACACAAACGCUACUUUGGGCACUCGGCACACGUCACCAACAUCCGCUUUUCAUACGACGACAAGUACGUGAUCAGCACAGGCGGGGAUGAUUGCAGUGUCUUUGUGUGGAAAUGCCUGUGAUAUAGACACUUCCUCCUCACCCGUCAAGAACGUCCAGCUAUAUCAAACCUCUGACUGGUACUAUGACCGUGUCAAAGCUCCUAUGAGGCCUAGGUCAGCGUAGCAGCUGCACGUUCUUCCCGUCCCACGUUCUCAAGGUCCAACACUUGGUCAUUUGCGCUACUCCUCAAUGGAUAGUUGUUUGGGCUCUUUGAGCCAAUUCAUCCAAACCACAUGCCAAUACGAAAGGAUGUGAGGUGCUAUUUUGACCCAGGACUGAUCGCAACACCUCAAGUGUCUGGCUGCAUAAACAUUUUGCCUGGCAUGCUGCAACUAUGUGUCUGCCCCCAAAUGAUUCCCUAGCCUGCUCCCAUGAAAUCCCACCAAAGGUGAGCGUGCCUUUUGGGAUUUCAGAGGGGACUGGUUUAAGUAGGAGGCUGGAAACUCCAACUCAACCCAUUCCCAGACCAAUCCAACACUUUGGAUGACUAGGGCACACUUUAAAGAGACGGGUCUGAUCAGUGGAACUCUCCUGAUAUUGAGAACAUGACUAGUGGGGUUGGGGUGGGGGGUUAGGAAUUAGGAUACAAUUGAAGUCUAAACUUUAGGAAAGGAGAAAGAGGUUCGAACAUGCUUCUACUGAUUUAUUCGCUAAAAUGGUGGAUUUUCUUACAGAGAAAUGAUGACCAUACAUGUUUGUUUACAUUCUCACCUGCGCUCAGUCAUGGAAGACUAAUGAAAACAGGUGGUCAUGCCAUGCUAUUGAUUUAUAUUGUGCAUUUAUUAUGAUUGCCAUUGGCUAUAAAGAAGGGAUUCAGCUGUCAUUAAUUUGAACAAGCCUUCUGCGUUGUUGAAUACCAUCCAACUUAAGUGCCUUUUUGAAUAUUUCUACUUAUGUUAUUUAUAUAUUUAUUUUUAUUUCACUGUUGAAAUUAUUUUUUAAUGUGUCUGGUGCUAUUAGAAUACACAUUUUAACUCAUUCAAUAUGCAUAAAGGGCAUUGCUUUGCUGCUGUUUUAUUUAACACAAUGCAUCCAGAGUAUGAUGACAGUAUAGACAUAGUAGAUAUCUCUUUAUGGAAAACAAUAUUUAAGAAAAUAUCUUGAUGUUAUUCUGUAAUGUGAAGUCACAGUUUGUGGACAUGUAUGAAUUGUUAUACUUAAUGUAGAAUAUUUUAUUGGUGUCACUACAAACUGUUGUGGAAAAUGUGGGUAGAAUGGUCUUCCAUAUUCACCACCAUUGAUGCAAAGAAUAUUAUAUAUCCAUAGACCUUAAUGCAGCGUUAUGCCUCACUGUCAAUAUAAAACCCCACGAAGAACUUGAUAGAAAUGUGAAACAAAUAUACGGAAGAGGGUGGUGGUUUGUCACACCAAAGCUGACUAUGCAGUUGUUUUAGCGCCUGUCAUAAGCAACGACCAUCACAUUGAGUUAGUCAGAUGUUAGCUUUGCCUUGCCUGUCCCUCCUCAUUGUGAGAUUUAGCUAUCGGUGUGGCAGCAACAGUAGUUUAAUAUAGUCUCUGUUAUGUGCAUUUCUAUGGAAUCAUAUCAAGUUUUUUUUUUUUUUGCACUUUUAAGUUUUAUACAAGAUUGUGAGGCGUGACUAUAGCUGUCGUUUUCAAAUUGUUUGUAUCAUAAUGUAAAAUACAAAUUAUGCUCAAAUGCACGAAUUUAUUUUUUAAAUCAAAACAUCUUUGUGAACGAGGCAAGAUUUUAUUGUGUGAAUGACAAUCAUGGUUGUUUUUAUACAAGUUUAUUGUGAUUGAUUGGAUUGUGUGGAAAUGUUUGUGCAAAUGUAACCCAAAUGUGUGGAAAGAUUAAAUGGGAAUAGUAUCAAAUCAAGCAACUUUUUGUAAUUCAUUUUAAUUGCAAGUCUGUAAUACAGUACACAGGGUUCCUGCAGAUAUUUCAUUGCAUUACAGAUAAAGCAAUCACAUUAGUAACCUAAUUUAAUUUAAUUCAACACUAAGUACUAGGAGUGGGGGAAAAAUGUAUUCACAUAUAAAUCACCAUUCAGUCUUCUAGCGAUUCACAAUGUGUUUUUUUGAUUAAAAAUUGAAUUGUGAAUCAAUUUUGUAUCAAAUCGUGACCCCAAGAAUGUAAUCGAAUUGUGAGAUACCAAAAGAUUCCCACUCCUAAUAGACAGUAAGCUGUACAUUUCUGUUUAAUAUUUAUACGUGUUGCAGAAAUAAAUAAUAUGCAAGAAAAGUCUACUUAUCGUCACUGUAUUUUGUGAACGAGUUCUUAAAAAUCCUUCAGCAAACUUUCACUUGCUUUGUAAGUAUGAUUAGAAGCCAGAGUAUUCUGUUUCAUAACUUGGCAUUAGCAGAAACUAAACGUACGUUGUCCUUUGGCAUUUAGUAAUGUCAUAAGGGCAAUUACACCGUCUUGUAGAACACAACCUUGCAGGAAACCUCUGUGGCUCAGUGGGUAAGCAUGUGUAGUUGUGUACCAUUGAGUCUGCUGCCAAACACGGUUCCCCUGGUUCAAAUCUCAUUCAAAUCAAUUAAUUUAACUGAUAUCAAUUAAGUUAUAUAUGUUAAUUUAUAUUAAUGCAGGUCUAAACAGGGCUCUCACAGAUGUAGAAAAUAAGCCUUUACACUCAGGUCAUCUAGAGAAGCUUUAUUGGUAAUUGUUUAUAUUCAACAAUGCAUUCCACAAACAGUUCUCCGAGGAGUUCAUCACAAUUGUAUGAAGUAUCAUUCACAAUUACUUGCAUAACAAACAGCAUGAAGUUUCAAAGUUACAUAAUUUUGCAGCUUUAGAUAAGUCAACAGACAGUAUGUUUAGUUUUUUUUUGUCUUUUUAUAAUCUUAAGUUAUGUUUGUAAACGUGUUCUUCCAGAGUUUAACUAGGCAGUUGCAAUGAGGUGAAAUGACCUAUUAAAUGUUCUUAUUUUCAUCUUGCAAAGUUUCUAAAUGUUUCCAGCUAGAAAUACUCAGAAGCAUGAAUUGCUAUGGUAGCUCCUCCCAACCUGCUUGUAAUGUAGACAUCAGUCUACAUACUUCAGCACAAUGACACUUCGAAUAAAGCACACUCAAGAACCACUGAAGAGAGCUAGAAGCUUUGGAAAACUACAUUAGUCAAUCAAUAGAACAA